AUGGCAGAAGAGAAGCGCUUAUCCAUAGAGGAGGCCUCGCUCAGUGGGAGUACAGGCCACAUCGAGAAGACUCACACAGACUCCAAAGCUGCCACAGUACCGGAAUCCGAGCGCAGGGUGCCCAGUGACGAUGACGAGUACGAGGUCACGGCGAAGACGUGGGUGGUGGUCUCGGUCCUAGCCCUCUCCUACGCCAUCUCCUUCUUCGUGGUACCCACCGUCAGUUACGUGCAAUCCACCAUCGCGACCCAGCUCGGAAGUCCCCAGGAUGCAACAUGGUUCAUCUCCGUCAUCGAGAUCACAGUGGCCACCUCGUUCAUGAUUUGCGGUGCCAACUCCGACCUCUUUGGCCGCCGCUACUUCAUCAUUGCCGGCAACGUGUUGCUGUUCAUCGGUUUCCUGAUCGCGGGCACGGCCAAGGGCACCAAGCAGCUCAUCGCCGGCAUGUGCUUCAUCGGAUUCGGAGGCGGCAAUUGCCAACUGGCGGCCUUCGCAUUGCCAGAGCUCCUCCCGAACAAGUGGAGACACAUUGCCGUCACGAUAGCGGACGCCGGCAUCGUCUUCUGUGUCACGGUCGGCCCUGUCGUGGGCCGUUUCAGCGUCGAGCCGGCUGGCAGCUACUCGUGGCGUUGGCUCUUCUACGGUCCUGCGAUUGCUGUUGCAGUCUCGUUUGCCUUGCUUGUUUGGCUGUAUCAUCCCCCGAAGCACCCUCGCGGCGUUCCGUGGCACGUAGCGAUCAAGGAACUCGACUACCUCGGGGCGAUCCUUUUUACGUCAGCACUCACUCUGAUUUUGACCGGCGUGGUGUACUCCACGUAUGAGAAGAGCAAUAACGCAAAGGUCGUUGCCCCUCUAGUGGUGGGCUUCGUCCUGAUGAUACUCUUCGCGUUAUGGGAACGGUAUGGCAAUCUCAAGCAGCCUCUCACCCCGACACAUAUCUUCACCGCCAAAAAUGGCCGGGAUUUCACCGCCCCCUUCAUCUCCGGCCUGUGUGUGUGCAUGUUCUAUUUUGGCUCCAACGUGGUUUGGCCCAUCAUGAUCGACGAGAUCUUCACCACCGAGACCACCAACUUCAGGUAUGCGCUGCUUCUGACUUUGCCUCAGAGCUUGGGCUACGUCCUUGGCGCAUUCUUGCUGGUCACGUUCGGCACCAGGAUUGGCAACGCCAUCGGAUGGAAGUGGGAGUACGUGGGUGUGGUUUCCUGGAUGAGCUUUUGGGGCGCCAUGCUGGCCUACUCCAACACCCCUGAGCGGAAGAGCAGUGCGAUGGCUUUCAUCUUCUUAAGUCUGAUGGGCUACGGCUGGGCGCAAUAUCUGUCGAUUGCAUACAUUCAAUUCGGCGCCGACCAGAAGGAGCUGGGCAUUGCCGGUGGGCUCGCAGGUGUUGCCCGCAACGCUGGCGGCGCCAUCGCCGUCGGGGUCUAUUCCACCGUCCUCAAAAACACUCAGGGCUCACGGGCAGCCAGCCUCGUACCCAAAGUAGCCAUCGCCGCCGGCUUACCAUCCUCAUCGGUCCCGGCCGUCUUAAAGGCCUUGCCACUAGGGUCGAAAGCUUUACAGGCCGUGCCCGGCAUGAACAGCAAGAUCGCGGCAGCUGUCGGGAUAGCAUGGCGGGAAAGUUAUGGCUGGGGGUUAAGAGCGACCGCCUUCACUUCCAUCGCCUUUGGAGUCAUCUGCAUUGUGAGCGCCCUCUGCUGCGUCGAAAUUCGGCCCAAGAUGAACAACAGGAUUGAGAUCUUCCUGGAGAACGACACACAUGCCGACAUGAAUGAAUUCCAUUGA